AAGCGGCCCCGGCCCGACGUGCAUACGAAAAAUCGUGAUGAAAACAGCCACGUCAGAUCAUUAAUGAAAAUCAGAAAAUGUGCGUAUAAAAUCGAAGAUACACGCACAUGAAACCACUUGUAUCUCCAUCCAUCUGUGUUGUGUUUCUAUCUUGCGUUGCCUUGUGUUAUAUAAUAAUAAUAAUCACUCAGCCUCUUCACUCAUCUCCUACUCUCUUUCACAAUGAUGCGUAGAUUUGGAUUGUUGAGAAAGGCAAUCUCAUCGUCGCCGGAGAAAUACCUACAGCGCCGUUGUCUGUCACCACCGCAGGCAGCAACAGCCCAGUUACAACAGAAUGAUGGGCCUGUACCCAAAAUGCCGGCGUUCGAUUACACCCCUCCGCCCUACACGGGCCCCACCGCCGACGAGAUCUUGCGCAAGAGAAAGGAGUAUCUCAGCCCCUCCAUGUUCUACUUCUACAAGAAGCCGUUGAAUAUAGUGGACGGGAAGAUGCAGUAUUUGUUUGAUGAAAGUGGCAGACGAUACCUUGAUGCUUUUGGAGGGAUUGCCACAGUUUGCUGUGGCCACUGCCAUCCAGAUGUGGUGCGGACAAUUGUCGACCAGACAAAGAAAUUACAACACUCGACCAUCUUGUACCUAAAUAAUGAAAUUGCUGAUUUUGCUGAAGCUUUGGCUUCCAAGUUGCCUGGUGAUCUCAAGGUUGUGUUUUUUACGAAUUCGGGGACUGAAGCAAAUGAGUUAGCAAUGAUGAUCGCAAAGUUGUAUACGGGCUGCAACGACAUUGUAUCGCUGAGAAAUGCAUAUCAUGGGAAUGCAGCAGGUACCAUGGGGGCAACUGCUCAGUGUAACUGGAAAUUUAAUGUCGUUCAGACUGGAGUCCAUCAUGCCAUGAACCCAGACCCAUAUAGAGGUGCUUUUGGUUCUGAUGGUGAAAAGUAUGCUAAGGAUGUUCAUGAUCUCAUUCAGUUUGGUACUUCGGGAAACAUUGCUGGUUUUAUUUGUGAGGCAAUUCAGGGAGUGGGUGGUAUUGUUGAAUUGGCUCCAGGUUACCUGUCUGCAGUAUAUAGCACUAUCAAGAAAGCAGGAGGCCUUUUUAUAUCUGAUGAGGUUCAGUCAGGAUUUGCUAGGACAGGAAGCCAUUUUUGGGGAUUUGAGUCCCAUGGCGUUGUGCCUGACAUUGUUACAAUGGCAAAGGGAAUUGGAAAUGGAAUUCCCCUUGGUGCUGUGGUAACUACUCCUGAGAUUGCCCAAGUGUUGACGCGCCGCAGUUACUUCAAUACCUUUGGAGGAAAUCCUGUAUGUACUGCUGCAGGGCAUGCUGUCCUGAAAGUUAUUGAAAAGGAAAAACUUCAGGAGAAUGCACAAGCUGUGGGAUCCCACCUGAAAGAGCGACUUAAUGUCCUUAAGGAUAAAUAUGAAAUAAUUGGAGAUGUAAGGGGGAGAGGCUUGAUGUUGGGAGUUGAACUUGUUACAGACCGUCAACAAAAGACUCCUGCAAAUGCAGAAAUUUUGCACGUGAUGGAGCAAAUGAAAGAUAUGGGAGUAUUGGUGGGAAAAGGUGGUUUCUAUGGAAAUGUUUUCAGAGUAACACCCCCGCUCUGCUUUACUAAGGAAGAUGCAGACUACUUUGUGGAUGUUAUGGACUAUGCAAUGUCAAAGAUCUGAGCAUGAGCAUGAUAUUGGAUGGCAGUGGUUGAGGUCUACCAUUGCAGCUAAUAUAAUCAGUAGUUCCGUGCAAUAUAGUUAUAUCAUGGAUACAGAUGUUUCUGUUACUUUCUGCGUAUGAUUGUGUUUGGUUCUGGAAAAUGCAUGUGUAUAAAAAUAAAUUAUCUUAUUAA